AACGGAACAAAAGUCCCGCAGGGAGCGCAAGGGGGAAAUCCCUCUUGUUCUUUCGAGAAGAAGAGUGCCGUCUAUCUUGGCACGUUUCAGUGUUGCCUGGCGUGGUGUUCGUUCACUCGGGCUCCCUGCAUGGACAGGAGAACACAACUGCGGUUGGAAAGAACAGCCAGUUCCUCUGAGCAUCUCCAUCAUGGCCCCAGCGUGCUCCAAGUCAUUUUACUACGAUGAGCUGAUCGGUGCAUGUGAACCCUGUAAACUGCGGUGCAACAAUCUGCAAACACGACCCAGCGUGUGUCAGGAUGACAUCUGCCUCGAAAUUCCAGAAUCUUCCAUGUCGAUUUGGAGUAAUGAGACGAUUAGAAACUCCUGGGUUAUUAUUGGAUUGUUUCCACUGUUACUUACAGUAUUGUUUGUCUUCGCAUUUGUCCUUCGAAAAUUACACCAAAGGAAAUCAAGUACAUUGUUUAAAUCAACAGAGGUUACAUUCGAUAGCAAUGCCAUUGCUUCAGGUUUCAAGGAACACACAUUGGCUAAAGAUGCACAAAGAUUCUCUCCUGAGAGGAAUCAACAAUCUGAACAGUGUGUGGAAAGUGAAGUUACCAAUUGCACAUCUCAAGGAAAUGAAAUGAAGAUGUUGGUAGCAGGUACUCAGGAAAACUGUGACUGUGAUGCUUCACUUCCUUUACCAGCCACUGAAGAAGGAGCGACAAUUCUUGUCACAACCAAAACUGUGGAAUGGUGUGGCUAGCAAAAGCAAAUCUGUGUCCCCUUCCUGGUGCAACUGCUUGGGUGGAAGCUUGGAAGCCAACCUUCUACGUAUUGACUGUACCAGGCUGAAAAUAUAACUCAGAUCAACGCAGGAAUUUCCAGGGUGUUUUGAAGUGUUAAUCUGCUGGGGAUGUCGGACAGAUCAAAAGCCAAGCGAAAACGUUGACAGAUUUUGCUUAAUGUUAAAUAGUCACAUGGCAUCUCCAGUUUAUCAUCCUGUUGCCUAGUCUGCUAUUCCUGAUUUUGAACAAAAUGAAAAUCUGGUUCAUCUAACACAUUAUUUUCUCCCCUUUCUGCCUUAGUAUUCUCUUUGCUUAUUGAGACUAUGUUCCAAUAUAUAUUGAUUAUUUAAAUAUAUCAAAGUUUUGUAUGUCUCUGUA